AUGCCAUGGGAGGAAAGACAAACUACACAAAAAAUAAAAGAAGGAGAGCCCGUUACCACAGCAAGCGAUGAAGACGAACAUUCGGAUAUCAAAGUCGUUAAUGAGCUAGCCACAAUGGAAGACGAUGCGACGUUGCCCUGUCUUACUCUUCGUACGUUGAUCGUUGGCUCAGUGAUCGAAUGGCUCAAUCCUGGUCCCUUCAACGUCAAAGAGCACACGUGCAUCUACGUUCUCGUCUCGGCUGCCAACACAUCCGCUUAUGCGACAUACAUCUUAUCUGCACAAAACCUUUACUACAGUGACCCCCCGGGUGCGGCUGGCUCGAUAUUCUUGCUCUUUGCGACUCAGAUUGUGGGGUAUGGUAUUGCCGGCCAACUACGCCAAUUCUUGGUGUAUCCUCCGGAUAUGAUUUGGCCCACAUCAUUACCGACUGUCUCCUUGCUCCGUACUCUAAACUCAAGCAAGUCCGAAGCGCGAUGGAGAACACGCUUCUUUUUUAUUAUAUUUGGAGGCAUGUUUGUAUACGAAUUUAUCCCACAAUACCUAUUUCCAUUGUUGGGCGGAUUUUCUGUCCUCUGCUUGGCCAACACCUCGUCGGUCUGGUUUCAAAGACUCUUUGGCGGCCUGGCAGUCAACGAAGGUUUGGGCAUCAUGCAGCUCAGUUUCGAUUGGAAUUAUCUGUCAGCCAUGAACCCCUUGGUCUUACCACUAUGGGUCCAAUUGAAUGUCUUUGGCGGCAUCUUGCUCAUGUGGUUCCUGUAUCCACUCAUCUACCACUAUGACGUCUGGGAUGCACAAAGGUUUCCUUUCUUGUCCAAUUCAAUUUACUUGUUCAACGAAACGUCACAGCAAUCUGAAGUCUAUCCACAGCAUUUGGUCCUGAAUCCGGAUAAUUCGCUAAACAGAACCAUGUUGGAUCAGGUCGGGCGACCUAGUUUUCCUGCAACAUCGGCCAUCAACUACGUGUUCAUCAAUUUUGCUGUAACGGCGUCGAUUACGCAUGUUGUGUUGUAUUAUGGCAAGCGACUAUGGAGAAACAUGCGCAAUACGCGGGAUCAUUUCAAGGAAGGCAAGAUGGAUAUACAUAUGCGAUUGAUGUCUGCAUACAAAGAGGUGCCUGCAUGGUGGUACUAUACGAUUUUUGUUAUUGGCAUUGCCUUGAAUAUCGGGAUCGCUUACGUUAAUCACAGCCAAUUGCCCUGGUGGGGUGUAAUUCUGGCAAUCGCUAUAUCAACUGUCUUGUCACUUCCACUGAACUUAAUCACGGCCGUUACGGGGCAAGGAUUUGGGCUGAAUGUUUUUGCCGAAAUGAUAUGCGGUUUCAUCCUGCCUGGUUUGCCUGUGGCCAAUAUGUAUUUCAAGACACUGGGCUUCAAUACAUUAAGCCAAGCUGGACUUAUGGCUAAUGACCUGAAGAUCGGCCACUACCUCAAAGUACCACCCCGUAUAGUCUUUUUACAUCAAAUCCUCGGCACCAUUCUUGGCUCGUUGUUCAAUUAUAUCGUCAACGAAAGCGUGGUCAGCAACGAACGAGAGAUCUUAUUGAAUCCAGUUGGCAACAACGUCUGGAAUGGUGCUACUCCACAAACCAUCAAUUCAGCCGCUAUCACUUGGGGUGCCAUUGGACCUAUGGCUAUGUUUGGCCCCGGCACACGGUAUUAUAUUGUCUUGUGGGGCUUUAUCAUUGGUUUCUUUUUACCACUUCCCUGUUGGCUACUGCACAAACGGUUUCCGCUCAUGGGAUUCGACCGCGUCAAUAUCCCCAUGAUCCUGGUCGGUCUCUGCACGUUACCCGGUGCAGCCACAUCUUAUAUCACAAUUGCACUCUGCUUGGUGGUGGUGUCGCAAUGGUAUCUGCGCCGAUACCGUAGAAAUUGGUUUAUCAAAUACAACUACUUGGUAUCGACAGGCUUAGAUUCGGCCACUUCUUUGAUGGUUUUCUUUGUAGCGUUCGCUUUACAUGGUGCCGCCGACGGUGUUGAUCAUCCGUUUCCCAUAUGGUGGGGCAAUCGUCAAGGUAAUACCAGAAAACAAAAGUCUACAUCUAGUGGAAAAUCUCCUGGUACACGUGACAUGAAGCUAACCAGUGUUUUUACAUAUGUAGAUGCAAAAUAUCUCGAUUACUGCUGUCUCGACUGUAAUCAAUAG